AUGCAGGGCACCGAACGUUCUGAUACCAGUUCGUUAUCCGAGGGUACCGCCAGUACUUCCACAAGCGAAAUGCACACGCCACCACCUUCACCAAGAUUGUCAUACUCAAACCAGCUGCCUUUAUCACCUCCUCGCCACAUUCUGAGCAGACUCACACCUGUUGGAAGGAAAGCGGAUCCACCAACUGUGUCUCUGGAUCUUUCAACCCACAGUCUACGCAGGAAGAAGAUUAUACAGGAAAAAGUCCAGCGCAUCUCUCAAUAUUCAAAGGAAGUUGACGAGAAGGCUUCCAAGGCUCAAGCAUUGAAGAAUGAGCUAAGACAAAACGCUAGAAGAAGGUUCGGAGAGAAGAUGAACAGGGCCUUGGAGAAGAGGAACCAGAUUAUAGAUCGAAAGAGGAAUCUUGCCUCAAAGCUCCAGAGAAGGAGCUCUUUACACAGCAAUCUAACUGGAGUUGAGGAAAUUGUGAGCCAGAAUACGGAUCAGUGUGAGGAAGACGAUCAUUCCGAAGCCGACAGCUUUGAUGACCACAUUUUUGACGGUUUCAAUGAAAAGAUCAUCAGAAGAGCCUUAUACAAUUACAAAUCCGCAGCUUUGUUCAAGAGGUUGCGGAGAACGCAUAUCUUUGGUCGUUCUUUGGAUUUGUCAAUAGGGGUAGGAUACCAGAAAGCCUCAGAGCUGAUACAGAUCAAAUGGGUCAUAGAAGCUCUUUCUUUUAUCCUAGGCCCUUCCUUUGGCCUGGUUGACGAUAGAUUGGAGAAACAUUAUUCCAAAAUCUUCCUUUAUUCCUACCUCAUGCUUUGUGAAAACAAGGAAAAUGGCAGCAACGGAGGUCUUUCCUCAAGUACUGAUACUUCUCUUCCUACAAAUGAAAGGGAUUUCGCUUCAUAUCUUGAGGGACUCUCCAGCACCGAGGCAAAACUUUACACGAACACUUCACUCUACAGGAUCAUUCUGAAGAUGGCUUUUCAGAAUAGUGAAGAUGCUUUGAAAAGGUUUAGAUCGUUGUUAUUUGCACCGUUAAAUGUCUCGCUAAAUUCAAAGAGCGCAGAGAGAAUCUCGUUCUCUCUCUCUUGGUUGAAAUUCACCCACUGUUUCGACUCCUAUCUACUUCUACAUCGCCAGAGAAGCCGCAUCCUACUUUUAAGUGUGGUAAACGUUCUACAGAGGGAAAUAAACUUCUUGAAAUUUUCCUCUGAAGAAGGCAUGCAGACGAAUGACGAGUAUGAGAAGGCAAUUUGUUCAUUUGAAGUCAAGGUCACCCAAACGAAACGAACGAUAGCGAUGCUUGAUGCAGAAAAUAAGAAGCUGAAUCACCAAAAGGCUAUUUUAAUGGAGUUCAAGAGAAGUAUAGUCAUUUCCGAUGAUAAUCCACUAUUAUACUCUUCUUUGAGCAACCCUGUUUCGUCUCUUGCUGAAGUGGCAGGUGGAAAACUCACCUCUUUAGUUGACGAUCCUUCCAACGCCCUGAAGGUCUCUUCAUGGUCUGCUUACAUGUCUCCUCCGGGUCUGUCCAUGACAAAAUGGAGACAAUAUCUUAUGAGGAUUAUCUUGCAAGCUAAGGGACCUGGCCCGAACAACUUUAUCAUGCGUUCGGGAAGAAACCAAUACUCACAGGAGAAAAAUCACGAUGAAAGCGUUGAUAUAGAUGUGGUGAGAUCCUUAUGCGGUCUCAAAUCAUAUAAAGAGGCAUGCAGUGAAGUUUUGCGUCAUCUAGAAUAUCUGGAUGAAGUUGAAGAGAUGAUGGAGACUGUUUUUGAUCUCACAAAGCAACUCAUACUGUCAUUGGGAGUUGUUAUAGAGGUUGAAGAUGGCGAUACCUCUAAGCUAUUGGUAGAUUACUCUUAUCGACAAUACAGGAGCUCCAUAUUGAGGCUCUGCAAAACCAAAGAGCUGAAAAAUGAUUUUUACUCCGGGGCUUUAAACAUCAAUGACUAUUUCGCUCUCGUUUCGAAAUUUGUUCUGGAGGAAGCCUCUUUCAAUGGAAACUGCUUUGAUGAGUUAAUGGUGUUUUUGAAGCAGGGAGAUACCAAAUCGAAAGCUUUCUACCAAGAAUACGUGAGAUUGGUGACAGAAUGUGUCAUAUAUGGAAUCAAUCAUUGGUGUUCAAGUUUCUUCAAAAUGAUCAAAAUGGAUCUGAUAAAAUUCGAAACGAACUGUUUUGUUCAAGAAUUUCCAUCCACAGAUCUCACAAAGCCUCGCUUCAACUUGCUGCAUUCUUUUAUUUCCACGAAUUAUGUCCCCGCCAACGAUCUUCUCAAGCGUACUGGGCUACUCCAGGAGGGAGAUGAACUCAAGAACACAGGGAUUGAUGUCUUCUUGGCCGGGUUCAUUGAACUUGUUACUUCCGACAUGACACUGAAAGAGAACAUGAAUAGUCUUCCAGAGACAUUCGCACUUUUGACGCCCGAAAUACGUUCUUUAUGCGUCAAAUACAAGGCGUUCCUCUACACUAACUUGGUUUGUAUGUUGGUAAUGCAGUAUUUCCAGAACUGUGAGUUCAAGCUGGAGUCGUAUGCUCAAUAUUGUGUGUCCCCUCGAAUGAACUCUUUACAGGCACUGUUCGACCAAUCUCUGCUGAUUAGCCAAAUUCAUCACUAUUUUGAAAAAAGCUUCGAAAGUGAAAACUAUGCCGGUUUGCCAGAAUCCAAGCAGGAGAUACUGAACAUAAUCAGAAGGAACGCCAGAGAUAGACUCGGGGGGACUUGGGGUCAACUAUUUCCUGAACUGAGGUUUGAGAAAGAUAUCGAAUUUUCCAUUCAUGAAAUUGUGGAAAAAAAUGUGGAUAAAGACAUAAUUCAGGGUCUCAUUAACAAAAUCGAGGCUCCACCAUCGAUGCAACGCAAGUCACUGAAGGGAAUCUUAGCUGAGGGAGUCAAAGCCUUCUUAAUCUCGAAGAAAGUCGACUAUCCCCAAAAUGCUGAAGGCCUAGAAUAUACGGAUAUACAAAAGCUAAAGCAGCUAACCCGUUCGAGUUUGAGAUUGUUUCUGCAAGACCAUCCUACUUUAAGAGCUGCCCUUGAGGCGAUAUCGGAGGAAGCAUACAGCAUCUUCAAUUGCAGUUUCACGGUUUAUGGGAAAUACUAUUCAACGACAUUGGACUCCUAUAUAACGGAGCUGGUUUAA